AUGCCGGUGAAACGCAGCGAUCGCGGACGGAACGCGUCCAACCACGCGUCUGAUCUUCCCAGUCCCGACGCAGCACCCGCUCUACCCAACCACGAGGUCCGGCCUGGGUGGAAUGCAAACGCAUCUCAGAACAUCUCAGAAGCAUAUAAGAAUGUGGAGGCCGUCGCGGCCGAAGUAGCGCUUUAUCGCAAGGAACUGGAAGAAUCGCAGAAAGAGGUCAAUCAGCUCCACAAGAAGAUCGCCGACCUAAAAGAACUCGUUCAGUCAGUUACCGUUAGGGAUACCCACUACGUUGCCUAG